CCUGCUAUGGUUUGCAUUGCCAAUGCAUGGACGUAAUGUAACAUCAGAACAAGAUUGAUGCUGUGUCUUUAUCCCUCUUUCAAAUAACAUCGACAAUCAGCAAAAUAUGACAUGACCUUACAUUACAUGUCAACAUCUGCGCCCGCAAACAACGACUUGCAGACAGUCUCUUACAUAUUAGUUAUUACCUUGAAUCUGGUCUCGUGAGCCCCUAGCCCAUUUCUCCACCAUCGAGCGUCGAGCGUCCACCACCCCAUACCCAAAACGAAGCCAUAUCCCGUCAAGCCUGUUAGAGCUGCACAGAAGUUGAAUUACAGGUGGGGUUCAGUGCAACGACUGCACUCAAGCGGGUACAACCGCCAACCCUAGCUGCUAAGUUAGUGGCUAGGCCAUUCCACUAGUUGUCAGUCAUGAUAGCUCAUGAGUGAGACUUUGAACGUUGUUGUCCUACGACACGGCGAGACAUUCCUUUGGAUUCCUUUGGUGUUGACGUUGCUCAUUCUUGUCAGUCAUUGGUCGCUUGUCGCCUGUACGCUUGGGACAUUGUCCUAUCAUUCAUAUGUAUUCUCCGGCAGUUGGUGCUGUUACUAAACGUGACCCUCCAUCAACCCUCGAGAACAGGCUAAUCAUCCUAGUGGCCCUCAACUGCAGCUAUCGAGGGUCCUGGAGAUUGAGACGACAGCAUCUUUAGUCAAACCUCUUAUCAUGCCUGGUUGAACUGGUUCUUGGUAUCAGUAACCUGACCCCUGCUGGUUCCAUCCAACCCUGCCAACCCAAUUACAAGCUCAAAUCCAAAACCAAAGCCCAAAACGAGGAGCCGCUGGCCAUCGGCUAUCGUGUGCACAGGGCACAGGCGUUCUUGAACUAUCCUUGGCUGCGAUAAGCGUCAUGUCCUUCGUCUGUUGGCGCGCCCACUUCCACUAUGGUCCAAGUUGAGCCGCGUGCCAUAUGACCCUGAGCCGAGUCUGCCCUCUUUCUUGUCCGCUUGUUUGCUUCCUCUCAAUUCCUUUUUUUGCACCUCUUCAAACUGUUCGUCGACAGUUGGUGAAACCUCAUCAAUUUGGCCGAGUCUGCAGGACCCUGUCCGCUGUUGCGUUGCAGACCUUGAUUGCAACCAUCCUUCCAACUUUCUAGUUUUUUCUGCAGCCUUCGCCACCCCGACGCUUAACUUGGCGGUCCAGGACGAUUGUUAAGAACCACGGAGUACCUGCUUAGAUCUAAUCAAGCAGCGCAAAACACGACGAGAAGGACAUUCCAAAACAAACGUGAAGUUGGCGGCGAUACACAAUUACAAUGUCUCCGGCGCGGAAUCCUACGAGCUGGGAUGACUACGAAGGGGGAGCUUCACCUCGGGGAAGCGUGACCGACAGCAUGCUUGAGCGCGAACAAGCUCUUGUGGACGACGAAGGCGACGAAACUGGCGACCAAGAAAAUGGUGAAGGAUUUUCGAGGCCGCGAAGGCGGUCUUCCGUCACCUACCAGUUGGCAGCAAUCGCAGACAUUGGUGGUGUAAACAGUUUCCGUUCUUUCGCCAGGAGUUGGCAGCGAGCGGCAGGAUUUCCUGAGGUUAUUCCUCGCCGACCGAGCUUUGUUCUUGCGCCGGAGCAAGACACAGAAGACCUUCAGUAUAGUCGCAGCCAUGUUCAAGGAUCGUCGCAACAACAAUCGGGCCUUUUGCGCCAGCAUCUUGAUGCCUCGUCUUCGCAUGCGAACGGCGAGUCUAGUUCAGCCAUUGAGUCCUCACCGAGGUCAAUGAGGAUCCCCCAUCGUGAUGGCGAGACGAAGCCUCUGCUUGAUGUUGAAGCUGGCUCAUCCCCUGUUGGGUCACCCCGAUCAAGUAUCUUCGCCGUCCCACCUCACCUCGCAGCUCCCGAUAUUGUUGGAAGCUAUGGUUCGUUCCGAGACUCUUCUCCUUUUGGAACUAUGGACAGGAGUUCGCGCCAUCGCAUUUCGUUCAGUGAGGGUAGCGGCUGGGGCGUAGCUGACGAGGAAGAAGAAGAGGGCGAGGGUGCAGCGCAUGGCGAACACCAGCCCAUCCUGGUCAAAGAGGUCAAGCAGGGCAAUAAGGUUGUACUUGCUGUUGAGGGCCAGAGCACUCUUCCUCAGUCCGUCUUCAACUCGAUCAAUGCCCUGAUCGGUGUCGGAUUGCUCAGUCUCCCACUGGCCCUGCAGAUGACAGGUUGGAUCCCUGGCCUACUUCUUCUCACUCUGACAGCGGCUGUUACAUCGUACACCGGCAAGCUGCUGGCCAAGUGCAUGGAUUUUGAUCCCAGUCUCAUUACGUAUUCCGACCUGGCGUAUAUCUCAUUUGGUACCCGAGCGCGAGUGAUUGUUUCUGCCCUUUUCAGUCUUGAGUUGGUAGCAGCCUGUGUCGCUUUGGUGAUUCUCUUUGCCGACUCGCUCAGUCUGUUGCUUCCGGGUCUUGCGAGCGUCAACACAUGGAAGGUUGUGGCUUCUGUCAUGGUCCUGGUCCUGAAUGCAUUGCCUUUGCGCCUAUUGAGUUACACCAGCGUCGUUGGUAUUUUCUCGACCUUCUGCAUUGUCGUGAUUGUCAUUAUUGAUGGCCUGUACAAACCUCACUAUCCUGGUUCACUACGAGAGCCAGCAACAACCUAUCUAUUCCCCGAGAACUGGCUUGCUGUACCUCUUGCCUACGGUCUUCUCGCAAGCCCUUGGGGUGCGCACUCUGUUUUUCCAUCCGUAGGUUAUACCGAUAUCAAGUUGGACACUUGAGCUAAAGCAUUCCAGAUCUAUCGUGACAUGCGUCACCCUUACAAAUGGGGCAAGGCCGUUAAUGUUACCUUUUCCUUCUCUUACGUGGUGGACACAUGCCUGGCUGUAAUUGGUCUCCUAAUGUUUGGCGAUGGUAUCAAGGAUGCUAUCACCUCCAACAUUCUCAAAUCGAAGGGCUAUCCUGACGCUCUGAAGAUCAUCAUGUCAAUCUUCAUUGCUAUCAUUCCUUUGACAAAGAUCCCUCUCAACGCUCGCCCUAUCAUCACGACUUUGGACGUCAUCUGUGGAGUUCACGAUCAACAUCAUCACCAUCAUGACCAGCCUCACAGCCAGCCUACUCGUUCCUCGGUUCUGGUCACAAAGGCAGUACGAGGCCUCGUGCGCGUUUUCGUCGUCAUUCUUUUAUUGUUCAUCUCUAUUGUCUUCCCGGCAUUCGACUCUGUGUGCGCAUUCCUCGGUGCGGCCCUUUGCACACUCAUUUCUAUCAUCCUGCCCAUCUCAUUCUACUUGAAAUUGUUCUGGCAGGAUGUAACAGUGCACGAAAGGAUUGUUUCUGCUAUUCUACUGGUUGUGUUCGCCAUCCUUGGCACAUUGGGAACAAUCUGGACAUUCUUGCCCAAGCAUCUCAUUGGCGCUGACUAGACUGUGUUUGUUUGAGUAUGAAAGGCAUCUACUGGAGUUGUCAAGCAUUUGUGGGUUAUGUCCCAAGGAAUUGAAUCAUCAUUUACGAGAAAGGAGAUAGGACUACGAAUAAUAUGUUACCAAUGAGCUUCCGAGCUCUGUUUGUUCUGGCUUCUUUACCAACUCUUUCUCAUGCAACGUGUGCCUUUGAUCCUCGACCUGUUGUGAGAUACGUAUGAGAUGUUUCACCGCUGUUAACUUCACACACUUACAUCACGCAUGACGGCACCACAGUGUGCAUAUUUAUUUACCCUCAUCUCCUCUUUAUCCGUAUCUUGGCUUGUGUGAGUGGCAGCGUCAUCAGUGAACCUCCUCAUGUUCCUGAUGGUCAGACAAUACUUGAGAACUGAGUCUCUCGAGACGUAAUGAGCAUACCUAACCAUCAUUGUCGAUACAUACUUCCAAGUACAAUCAAGACCACCUUACGAAUGUCUCCUGUCUCUCCUCAGUUCAUCUCUGCAGUUCUUCACCCCGCCGCUGAUCCCCCAACUGCCGCUCCCAUGACAUGCCAUACCCCAGCCCCGACCCCUCUCUCAACUUAUUUCGUCACGCCAUGGCUUCGUUCGCUCUCAUCCAAUCCGACCUUCCGAGAAACGAGAGAAGCGGUAACAAUGGAUAGGAGAAUUGACAAGUCCCGAGGAAACAGGCCGAUCGGGCCGUCCGGGGGUUGCGAGUCGUAUACCUAUUUUAGUUUAGAAAUGUCAUGAGUACUGUACAGACGUUAGUAACUAUUAGUUGAUGGCUUAGAGAGUAGUAAACCUGUCUUGGUUCUGGAGUGUGCAUUGGUAUCGUGCCAUGCUGCAUUUAGCCAAAGUUGUGUAGGUUCAAGAGGCAAAAGCUGGGCAUGACGUCGUGCCUACUGUCAAGUGAGACUGUAUGUCAAUCAGAAGUUGUGUAUAUGGCUCAAUGAAACAUCAGACAACUGAGAAUUGAGGUAAGUCCAGCAGAUGAUAAAUCCAAGUUAGCAGUGUGAAAAGAAACAAAGACUUCAUAUAGACAAAGAUGAACAAAUAGUGUUUGAGUAGGUACUUCUGGUAUUUGCAUUAUUUCUAGAAUAUCCUAUACACAGAAAGCGAGUAAGGCUCUCAUCAUAAUCCAAGCAACGCCCGAAAUAUCUUCGAGUAUCGCGCCAGGGACUCAAGACGGCCAAACUACAUUUGAAGGCUGAUGGGAAUCAAUCCCAUUUACCAACCUCCAACCCACUCAACGUCUCCAAGAUCGGUACGUCGAUCCCGACGCCAGUUCCAAUCUCUGCCCUUGUUCCAGGGACAUUCCUUGCUGUUAGACCGUUCUUUAGCGGCCCCAAAUUUGUGGUGAUAAUUAGAAUGAUCCCAAACGCCCGCUUCAUAAGAUUUGUUGUAUCCAAAACCAAAAUUGUGUCGUCGUGGCUUAGAAAAGUCCACCGACUUAAUAGAAUCCAAAGUAGCAGUUUGACCGCGGCGUCGCUCACCCAAUGCCGCCCACUUGUCCAGAGAACUUCUCGGCUUGCUCAUGGGCGAGUGCGAGUAAUGAGGAGUGAUGGUGAUUUGUUGAGGCUUAGGGGUUGGGGCUUCUUGGAAGAAGAAACCAUCAGCGACCAAGUCAUCAUCCACGUCACCCUUGAUGUCGUGAGUGUGCGACGCCGACUCGGGUUCAGGCUGUACAAUGUCGGUCUUCAUGACCUGUUCCUCCUCCUCCUCCACCUUCUUCUCCUCCUUGCUCUCCUGGCUCCAAGUCCUGGCAUUAAGCUCCUGAAGCAUCUGCCGCUGCUGUUCCAUUUCCUCCUCUUCCUCAUCCUCAUCCCACAUGUCACUCCAGCUCUUAGACACAGUUUCCUGACGUCGACCAAAGACCAUAGACAUAGCUGGCAUAGGCUUGGCCAUGUUGAUUGGAAGGGAGCCAGCAGUUGCCGAAGAUCGGUUGAAUCGAGCAGUGGGCUUGAUGGCAAGAGACUUCAUGGAGGCGCCCAAGUGAGAGUCGUAAACGGACGACAUGGGGGUCUGCAUGUUGGCGGAGCACCAGUCGGUGGUAGUCGCUUCUGACUUAGGGAAGAGAUCCUCGGUGUAACUCUCGUCAUCGGGGAUGACGCUGAGUUGACGGCCAAGAUGAGUGGUACCAUGGAGAGCCUUGGCCCAGGGGAAAGCACCGGUAUCGACGGCGGGAGACUGAAUUGAAGGGGUGCGGAGAGGCUCGCGGUUGGCGGUGGCCACGUUGGGAGACUCGGCACCACAGUACUCAUCAUCAUCCUCGUCAUCGGUGGUGAAAGUGACCACGCGGAGCAGAGCUUCACGGGCACCCUCCAGUGAGCGUCGCCUGGGGUCAAGGUUCAUGCACUGCACGAGGACCUCAUACGUAUCCUGAGACAUGGAGGGGAAGACGUCGAACAAGGACUGCUUGUCCCGAGAGUAGUCGAGGAACAGGGGAUCAGCCUCGGUGGGGGUGGUGAAAGGAUUGCGAGAGAAGAGGAUGUUGAGCAGGCAGAUACCAAUGGCCCAGAUAUCCGCUUCGGCAGGCGAGUAACCGGCGCCGGCCGAGUCGAAUUGUUCAGGAGCCAUGUAACGAUCGCUGCCAACAGUCAUCUCAUAAGACCACUUCUCUGUAGUUGCCAGACCGAAAUCACCGAGCUUCAUGGCACCGUCCUGAGUGAGGAAGAUGUUCUCGGGCUUGAUAUCGCGAUGGUAGACUCCCUUAGAGUGCAUGUAAUCGACAGCAUCGAUGAGCUCGAUCAUGAAUUGGCGAACAUGCUCCGUCUCGAGAGGACCGUGACCCUUUCGGAUUGCUUCGUAAAGAUCGCCCUGACCACAAAACUCGAGGACGAGAUAGAUGUGAGAAUCGGUCUCGAACGAAUCAAUGAGGUUGACGAUGUUUCGGUGGGUUCCAAGGCGGCUGUGGAGGGCCUGUUCCUCCGACUUCUCGUCGAUAGCGAAAUCGGAAUCGGCAUCGGGGCAGGCACUUCUCUUGGUGAGGCACUUGAUAGCAACAGGCUCAUUGGUUACAAGAUCCUGGGCCUUAAACACCAUACCAAAAGAUCCAUGGUUGAGAGGGGAGAUGGUCUGAUAACGUCCUUUGAGAAGGGCACCGCCAACGAACUUGUCCUUGAGGCAUUCCAUGGCGAAAGAAGAAAUAAAAUGUUCAAAAAGAAUAGAAAUAAAAUGGGAAUAGUCGUACAAACGAUUUUUUGGUGUUUGUCAAUAGCCGGGAAUGUAGGAAGUCCGGAGAACGAUGUUGAAGCUCUUGAAAACGCUUGAGCUGAUGCAAGAAAAUUGAUGUUCGCGGUAUAUGAGCAAUGUACAGUGUCGUGAUGAUAAAAGCAGAGUUGAGCAAAUUCGAGUUGUUGAUGGUAAUGUUGUUGUUAUUGUUCGUUGGUAUUCAGAGGCUCAUUUGAGGGUAUUCGAUAGGCUUAACAAAAGAAAUGAUUAUCGAAUUGUCGUGACGGUGAGUUGCGAAGACCGAAGCGGCCGAAGAAGUUGAAGACAAGGAAAAUGAAAUUCGUUAUAAUAACAUGGGUACGUUUUUUUGUAACUUGAAAAAAGAAUGACUCUGACGAUGAGAGGUGAUGAAGCCGACUUGGGACGAGGUCGACCGGAGAAUUGAGUUUUGGUCAAGACCAGGUGAAGGCGUAUUAAUAGAGAGGGAACCGGAUUCGACGAUGCCGAUAAAACGACGUGUCGGACCAGUCAGACUGGCACCGGGGGAUAGGGGAGCGGAGCUCGCCCGGGGCGGAGUUCCUAAUGCUCGGUCGGUAACGGUUGAGUCACACGGGCCAACUAGGCCGAGUUGCGGUGUUGAGUGAGAGACCGGAGAGUAAAACGCAAGUCAAUGAGGAAACCCUCGUCGACUCAAUGCAGCACAAGACGAUCCUUCUAUGUGACGUGUCCGACUGUAUAAGCGCUUUUGAUUGCUGACCGAGGCUCGUGAUAUGCAGCUCAAGGGAUGCGGUAACGGAGCGAUGUAAUAGGAGGUCUAGGCGAACAAGGACUUGGUCUAAUGCAGCGGCAAACAACACAAGUCAAGGACGCUUCUUCUUCUCGUUGUGGAUUGUAUAGCUCAAGCUUUGCGUGAUCGAUUGGUGAUUGAGUGGUUGGCUGUCGAUGAAUCACCGCGAUAAGCGUUGGGAUUGAGUGCUUGCUUCGGGAGAUAAGGUGGCGAUGCGAUGCGAGGCGAGGCGGAUUCGUUCGGUGAGCAGAACGGUGAUUGAUGUGGUGUGAUGUGAGUUGGGAUGGAUUGGAUUAGAUAGGAGUAGACAGAAGAGAUGAGAUAGUGAGAGAAGAGUGGCAAGCUCGAGAAGAAAGAAGGCCUUUGAAGAUGCGGAAAGCGUACAAAUGAAGGGAAAGAGAGGUGGAGAGACGAUGAUAAGAAAGCAGGGGAAAGAAGACAAGAGAAGAGAGAGGGUGAGUUAGAAGGGAAAGGCGGUGAUGGAACCAAGUGGAGAGGGAUGGAUGGUGGAUGGGCCAUGGGAUAAGACAGGAUAGGUUGGAUUAGUGAGGGUGAAUGAUUGUUCAUACUGUUUGAUACACCCAUUUCCAAGGCGGACCCCUUCCAAGGCAGGCGAGACAGCGAGUGAGGGCCAGGUCUAGAAUUGACGGGGGGGGUACUUGGAGUUUCCUGCAGCUGCAGCUCCACCUGCCCAGGCCCCAGGAUUAGAGGGCCGGG